AUGCAAGUUAGCCGUCAACGUGUUGGAGAUCAAAGAAGAGCCAUUGUUCGUAAUAAGUUAUUACCACAAAUCGAAAUAGAUAAAAUAUAUGAGGAAGUAAAAUGUGAACUUCAAACCACUAAUACACUAGAGCAAAAGAACAUAUUAUCUUUACAAAUUGGACAGCGAAUGAAAUGGACCGAAGAAUUGAACGAAACUAUAAUUAGAGCAUAUUAUAAAAUAACAGAACUGGAAACCAACAAAACAAGUUACAGAAAACAACUUCAUCACGAUUUUUUAAGUAAAUUUCCUCACUUAUCUCAUAUUUCAGAACAAAGGAUAGCUGAUCAAAGAAGAUCAAUCAUAAAGAAUAAACUUAUGUGCAGUAAUAAGAUUGAAAAAAUAAAACGCGAAAUAGCUACUGAAUUACAAAUUAGGGCUCUAGAAAUAGAAUCACGCAAUAAUGUAGACAUUAAUUUAAGUCCAGAAGUACAGGAGAAUGUAGAAAACCAAAUACAAGUGCAGCCAAAUAUAAUAAAAAGAAAUGAAGACAUAGAUAAGAUAUUCAAAGCAUGCUUAGAGUACUAUAUAAAUAUUGACCCUGUUAAGAGAAAUUUUAUUCCAAGGCAAAGAUCAUCUAAAAGGUUAGCCGAAAUAGUUGACUACAUAAAUAAAAUAAUAUUACCAGAAAAUUUAGAUUCUACUAUUAGUUUUAAGUCUUUUCAAACAGUAUUGUAUUGUGCUGCAUGGACAGCUGCUAAAGCAAAUGGUGCAAAAAUAAAAAAUAAGCCAAAAGACAACAUGUCAAAAAUUUUGAAAAGGCAAAAACCAAAAUGGCAACUUCGACUAGAAAAAAAAGUAGACGAUUUAAGAGCUAAAAUAGGCAGAUUAACACAAUACAUACAAGCGGAAUUAUUGGAAUCGCUAAACUUUGACUUUAGACGAUAUGUGGCAGAUUUGAUUUACGGACGUGGGUCGUGCAGUCGAUCUCUUUGCAUACCAUGUGGUACUAAGGUGCCUUGUGAUGUGCCUUGGAGAAAUAUAAUAGAAAAUGUUACAUUACAUAGUCCAGGAGAAUUCUCUACAAAUGUGUUAGAUAAAAAGUUAAGAUUCAAUGUUAAGACAAACGUGGAAAACUAUGUGGAUUUUCAUUUUUCUAUUAUUGAAGUAGUGAAUGACCCACUUUUACUAGAUGAAAAUAUUGAUGUUAGAAAAUGUCGAUUCAACAAUGAAAUACUACGCGAUCCUUUGCAUACAUAUCAGGUUUACUCAUAUAGUGCAUGUCGAUCAGCUCAGAGUAUUAAGAAGUUAUUCGAACAUUGUCAGUGCGUACAUCCAGUUAGAGAUAUAUCUUCUUUAAAAACAAAAUUGGGUAAAGAUAAUCGUGAAAAUUCAGAAGAUUGUUUGCCUUCGUGCGUUGACAGUGACCUCAGUACUAUCUACUUAUCCAAG